AUGGUCUCUUACUGGACAUUUCUGGUUGUUUGUCUGUUAUGUACUGAGAGACUUUAUUCGUCAGCUUCGACUCUCUCAGGUUUAACAGAGGUGGACAUCGAUGAUGGAAAAGACUGGGAUAUCAUUGACAUAAAUGAAGAAGCAGGACUAGAUCUGGAAGAGGGAGACAUAGUGAUUACAAAGGGAGAUGGCAAGAACAGUAUUUUGGGUGCACAGUAUCGCUGGCCAACCACUGUGCCUUACUACCUGGAGGACAGCUUGGAGAUCAAUGCUAAAGGAGUGAUACUAAAAGCAUUCGAGCAAUACCGACUCAAGACCUGCAUUGACUUCAAACCCUGGAGUGGCGAGCCAAACUACAUUUCUGUAUUCAAAGGUUCUGGAUGUUUUUCAUCUGUGGGGAACCGUCGUGUAGGUAAGCAGAGAUUAUCAAUCGGAAGCAACUGUGAUCGUCUCGCAACUGUGGAGCAUGAGUUCCUGCAUGCGCUCGGUUUCUGGCACGAGCAAUCCAGAGCUGACCGAGAUGAUUAUGUCAGCAUCAUGUGGGAUCAGAUUGAAGCUGGCAAAGAGCACAACUUCAACACCUACGAUGACACAGUCUCCAGCGCUCUAGGCUUUCCUUAUGACUACACCUCUGUUAUGCACUACAGUAAGACUUCCUUUAAUAAGGACACCAAACCGACCAUCGUCACUAAGAUUCCAGAGUUCACUGAUGUGAUUGGUCAGCGCAUGGAGUUCAGUUCCAGUGAUGUACGCAAGCUUAACAGGCUGUAUAACUGCACCACAUCCUCUACCUUCAUGGACUCCUGUAGCUUUGAGCAGCCCAAUAUCUGUGGUAUGAUCCAGGGAAUGGACCCAAAGGCAAAGUGGGUGCGUGUGAAGAGUCUGGACGGAGGUCCAAACACCGACUACACUAACAUGGGCCAGUGUAAUGGUAUAGGUUUCUUCAUGCAUUUCAGCACAGCCACAGGGAGCUCUGGAGAUAAUGCUUACUUGGAAAGUCGGCUCUUUUAUCCUAAUAGAGGACGUCAAUGCCUGCAAUUCUACAUGUACAACAGUGGGGGUGCAGAUGACCGGCUAAACAUUUGGGUUCAUGAAUACAACAAUGAAAACCCUAAUGGGGUGCUGAGACUCAUUCAGACAUUCAGCGGUGGCCAGGGAAAUUCCUGGGAACUUCAUCAUGUGACUCUAGAUGCGUCUCAGAAGUUUCGGGUAGUGUUUGAAGGGGUGAAGGGCAUGGGAGUGUCCAAAGGAGGUCUCUCUCUGGAUGACAUCAACCUGUCAGAGACACAAUGCCCUCACCAUAAAUGGCACAUCCAGGACUUCACCAGCCUCCUCGCCACAACGCCUGUUGGAUCCAAGAUCUACAGCCCCACCUUCUUGUCUCCUGAUGGCUACUCUUUCCAGAUUAGUUUGUAUAUUAAUGGGUUAUCGAGCAGUCCUGGCAAUAUGGCCAUGUACUUGCAUUUGAAUUCUGGUCCCAAUGACAGCCAGUUGAAAUGGCCAUGCCCAUGGAGACAAGCUACCAUAGCUCUGAUGGACCAGCACCCAAAUAUUCAGCAACGUAUGGAUAACCAAAGAAUGAUCACAACUGAUCCUAGCAAGACCUCCACUGACUCUCUGGGCAAUGUGAAAUAUUUCUGGGAUGACCCACGGAAGGUGGGCAGUCUGAUAAAGAAUCCAGAUGGUACCUCAUACUAUAGAGGACCAGGUUUGGGCACCAGCUCUUUCAUCACGCACAGCCGUUUACGGAGUCGGGAUUUCAUCAAAGGAAAUGAUGUCAUCUUCCUCCUUAGUCUAGAAGAUUUAACUGGACUUUUGGAGACUCAGCCCGUGCCUCAGCCUGCUGCCCAUGGUGAGUGUUUUUUGCUUUUGUGGGCGUGCUUACAUUGUUGA